GAAGGGUGAAGGUAAAUUGGAGCUUUCACGUUUUUUUUUUUGCAUUUGGAGUUGUUGCAUGUUGAUUCAUCUGGUAUUAAGGUUCUAUCGAAGGGUUUUAAUCGAUUUCGGUUCUCAAAUCGAGUUGGGGAUUUUUUCGAAUUAGGGUUUUCGUCUGGAUUUGUUCAUCGCGCGUCGGUUAUUUGUUGUUUUCGUCGUUAUUAAGGGUCGGGAUAGAGUUAUUAAGGAGUGGAUUGAGUUCUUUAUCGAUUUAAGUCUUGGGUAUAGGUUUCUAAAUCGAUUAGUUUUUGUUGUUGCAGGUGUUGAAAUGGAGGAAGAAUUAAGAGAUAUGAAAGCCCGCAAAGAUUACUACAACAUGCUUCAUGCCGUUUCAGAUGCGCAACAAGGUAUUCCUCAAUUCUGCCCCUGUGGAGCACUGACGAAGGAAGUCGUUGAUAAAGACGACACAUAUGACUACCUCCCUGGGAAGAGAUACUUCAUCUGCUGUGAGUUCGAGAAUGACGGGAUGCAUUUCAGGCAACCAUGGGUUACGGGUAUGCAACAAGAGGUUGAGAGGUUCAAAAAAGUAUUCAACGAGCAGGAAAAGCUGAAGAGAGAAUGCGAGGCGCUUAAGGAGCAGGUGAAGAUGCUGCAUUUGCGUCUGAAUGAACUUGAGAGCAGCCAUUCGGAGGUUAGUGUGUAAACCUAUUUGCGUAACUUUAGCUAGAUAGUUUAGCUAGAUAGUUUUUAAAACUCUAGGUAGAUAGUUUUUAAAACUUUAUAGUUGAACUUUAUAGUUGAAACUUUAUAGUUCAACUUUAUAGUUCAAACUAGUAUAACUUUUUGUUGUGAUUUCGAAAGUGAUUUGAUAUGUUAUAAAUGAAAAGUAAACCCGUCUUUAAUUGUGUCUAACUGCUUAUUUUUAAUGGUGAUAACACCAUUUAAGUGUCUUUAGCUGUAAUGAGAAGACAGUUUCCUACUAGAAGUUAAUUCAUUUUCGUAAAUAAUCCCCUAUUUAGAGCCACUCCCUUUGCUUAGAGUCCAGUAAAACAUAGUAUUCUUCCUAAAUGGCAAACUCCUCCACAAGUUUUAUUAACCUUUUAGCGAGCCAAGGGGUUAUUGACCUUGACUCAUCGGAACCUCCGUGCGUUAGCAGUCAAGGGGUAGCCAGCCAAUGUUCCGAUGAGGCUACGGUAAAAGAGAGGAGAAAAUGGUCACCAAAGGAGGAUAUAAUCUUCAUUGGUGCUUGGCUCAACACGAGCAAAGACCCAAUAGUUAGUAACAAACAGAAAGGCCUUGCGUUCUGGAAGAGGAUAGUAAAGAACUACAACUCCAGUCCUUUACUGGUUGGUACAAUCCCCCGCGAACUUGGGCAAGUCAAGCAACGAUGGGCCAGGAUCAACGAUUUGGUGUGUAAGUUUUCUGGUAGCUACGAGAUGGCACUGAGGGAGCAGAUAAGCGGGCAAAAUGACAACGAUGUGAUGAAGGCUGCAUUAGAGAUCUUCUUCAAUGACAAGGGCUUUAAGUUCAACUUGGAACAUGCCUGGAGAGAGCUUAGGCAUGAUGUCAAAUGGUGCUCCACCUUUCUCGGGAAGGACAAUGGGAAGGACAAGCGCAAAACAGGUGCUUCUGAUGCGGGAGGGUCAGUGACAGAGCCACAAGAGAGACCCAUAGGAGUGAAGGCAGCUAAGGCUGCUGGUAAGAGGAAGAAAAUAGGAAAAGAAGAAGAAUUAGGACAACUUAAAGAUUUGAUGGAGACCAAAAGGAAAAUCUCAAAUCAGAGUUUGCUUGCAAGUUUGCUUGCUAAAACCGACCCACUUACUGAGAUGGAAUUAGCUCUGAAAAUGAAAUUAAUGUCUGAGAUGUUGUGAUGGUUUGUUAACGCUUACUUACUGUUGUUUACUUGUCUUUUUACUCAUGCUUACGAAUCUCAUUUUACGUGUUUCAGGUGAAGAAGAAGCCCAUGUGAGCCAAGUCACGGGUUGUCUGGAAAGCUGCUGUGUGUUUUGUUUGUUUCUGCGACUGUUUUCAUGUGAACCAAGUCACCGGUUGUCUGUAACCUUGGCUUUAUAACUCUGUUGUUUCGGCUUUGUAACUCUACUACUCUUCGUUUCAAAAAACUUGUAUCUCUCUGCUUUCAGUUUGUUAUCUUUGCAUCGGAAUCUCUACUAUUGUAAGCUCUCUGUUUCUUGAACUAGAAGUUGUUGUCGGUUUAAAACCAUAGCUCUCUGCUCUUCUUCUAUCUCGUGUUUCUUAUAGCUCUCUGGUAUUUCGGUUUAUCUUUUAAGGAACUAGAUAAUCACUUGAUCGUUUGGAGUAUUGCAUCACUUGUUUUUUUUAAAAGAACUUGGUCAUCACUUUAAUGAACUUGAUCGUCACUUGAUUAGUAUUUAUUUUUUUGUUGUCACC